AUGGACGAGCAGUCGCGGAUGUUGCAGACGCUGGCCGGCGUGAACCUGGCCGGCCACGCGGUGCAAGGGGGCAUGGCUCUGCCGCCUCCCCACGGGCACGAGGGCGCCGACGGCGACGGCCGCAAGCAGGACAUUGGCGACAUCCUCCACCAGAUCAUGACCAUCACCGACCAGAGCCUGGAUGAGGCGCAAGCAAAAAAGCACGCGCUCAAUUGCCAUAGAAUGAAGCCGGCUUUGUUCAGUGUCCUGUGUGAAAUCAAAGAGAAAACAGGUCUCAGCAUCCGAGGGGCGCAAGAGGAAGACCCCCCAGAUCCGCAGCUCAUGAGGUUGGACAAUAUGCUUCUCGCAGAAGGCGUCUCGGGUCCUGAGAAAGGUGGCGGAUCAGCGGCGGCGGCAGCGGCGGCGGCUGCUUCGGGUGGAACUUCAGAUAAUUCUAUUGAACACUCAGAUUACCGAGCCAAAUUGACGCAGAUCAGACAGAUCUACCACACCGAGCUGGAGAAAUAUGAGCAGGCGUGCAAUGAAUUCACCACCCACGUGAUGAACCUCCUCCGAGAGCAGAGUCGGACACGGCCCAUUUCCCCCAAAGAGAUCGAGAGGAUGGUGGGCAUCAUCCACCGGAAAUUCAGCUCCAUCCAGAUGCAGCUCAAGCAAAGCACUUGUGAAGCGGUCAUGAUCUUGAGAUCCCGGUUCCUUGAUGCCAGGCGAAAAAGGCGCAACUUCAGUAAACAAGCCACAGAAAUCUUGAACGAGUAUUUUUACUCACACCUCAGCAACCCCUACCCCAGCGAAGAAGCCAAAGAAGAGCUGGCAAAGAAGUGCAGCAUCACGGUAUCGCAGGUAUCCAACUGGUUCGGCAACAAGAGAAUCAGGUACAAGAAAAACAUAGGGAAGUUUCAAGAGGAAGCCAACCUGUACGCUGCAAAAACCGCCGUGACGGCAGCUCACGCCGUAGCCGCCGCGGUCCAAAAUAACCAGACCAACUCGCCCACCACACCGAACUCUGGUACUUCCAGUUCUUUUAACCUUCCUAAUUCUGGGGACAUGUUCAUGAACAUGCAGAAUCUGAAUGGGGAGACUUACCAGGGGUCUCAAGUUGGAGCCAAUGUGCAGUCACAGGUGGAUACCCUGCGUCAUGUUAUCAAUCAGACGGGAGGAUACAGUGACGGUUUGGGAGGAAAUUCACUGUACAGUCCACAUAAUUUAAAUGCAAAUGGAGGCUGGCAGGAUGCGACCACUCCAUCUUCGGUGACUUCUCCAACAGAAGGCCCGGGAAGCGUGCACUCCGAUACCUCUAACUAAUCUCGCAACAAGUCCUUCCUCUCUCCC